AUGGUCAAGCCGGAACCGGCAGAUGAAAGCCCAAACAACGUUGUGUCAACCUCAGAAGAGUUCCCUGAAGGUGGAUAUGGUUGGGUCUGUGUCGCAUGUACUUCUAUUAUCAAUGCCCACACAUGGGGUAUCAAUGCCGCCUAUGGAGUCUUCCUUUCCUACUACCUCUCUUCCGAUGUUUUUCCCGGUACAUCCUCUCUUAACUAUGCAUUUAUCGGUGGUCUCAGUAUUGGAUGUGCGAUGCUUAUCGCGCCCCUUGGUACAAUUCUAAGCCAACGUGUAUCAAACCGUCUUGUCUUGAACCUGGGUGCUAUUAUCCAAGCCAUCGCGCUGAUCACAACAUCAUUCGUCAAGACCAAUUGGCAGCUAUUCCUAUCCCAGGGAAUUGCUUUUGGAUUUGGCAUGGGACUUUGCUUUGUUGCUUCUGUAUCGAUACCUUCUUAUUGGUUCGCACAGAAACGAAGCCUCGCCAAUGGCAUUGCCUCUGGCGGCUCAGGGCUGGGUGGUUUAAUAUACUCCCUGGCCACAGAGAAGAUGCUCCAAGAACUUGGCAUUGCCUGGACAGCCCGGAUACUGGGUAUUUUGGCUUUCACGAUGAAUAUGAUAUGUGGCAACCUGUUGCGUAUUCCAGCACACGCACGAACAACACGGAAGGCCUCAAAGCUUGACCUAUCUUCCCUUUGGUCUUUCGACUACUUCUUGCUAUUGGCCUGGGCGUUUCUCAGUGCAUUGGCAUACGUGGCCUUGCUAUUUAGUCUACCCAGCUAUUCAGUUGCCAUCGGGCUUACCCAACAGCAAGGCAGUCUAGCUGGUGCACUCCUCAGCUUAGGCCAGGCGAUUGGUCGGCCCGGCGUUGGCCUCCUUAGCGACCGUUGGGGGAGGUUUCCUGUCACAAUUGUCGCGACAUUCCUAGCAGGCUUUUUGUCGCUUGUAUUAUGGAUAUUCGCUGACUCUGCGGGGUUGACAUACUUUUUUGCGAUCGUGGUAGGCCUAUUUUCGGGAACAUUUUUGGCUGCUAUGUCUCCCAUCACUGCUGAAGUUGUUGGAAUAAAUGGCCUGCCGCCUGCAGUUGGUAUAUUCUGCCUUGUUCUAUGUCCUCCAUUGACCGUGGCUGAACCUAUCGCGCUCCAACUUCGGAAUAGUUCCCGCGACUCGAAACCUUAUAUCCGAGUACAAAUAUUUGUGGGAGUUGUAUAUAUCGGCACCGCAGGGUUUUUGAUGGCCCUAUGGUUGUUGAAGAUUAGAAGGAGCCGCUCGGCACAGAAUGCAGCUCGAGUGUCUUGA